GUUAUUCGUUGGUGACGAUUCAUUAGUAGCAACCAGUAACGCUUGGUAACGUUUGGCAACGCUCUCGCUCUUUCAAAAGGAAAUUCGCCACUGACUUUAAUUGAACAAUAAUGGGUCACGAAGGAGAGGUUACUCUUAUUCAGAAUUCUGAUGACUUGGAGACUAAACUUAAAGAUGCAGGUAAUAAUUUGGUAGUUAUCGAUUUCUUUGCUGUAUGGUGUGGACCAUGUAAGAUGAUUGGACCAUUGAUUGAGGAAUUGUCAAAGGAAAUGCUGGAUGUUGUUUUUCUUAAAAUUGAUGUGGACGAAUGUGAAGAUAUUGCUGCUAAAUAUGAGAUUACUAGUAUGCCUACGUUUGUUUUUAUAAAGGAAGGCAAAGUGCUGGAGAACUUUUCCGGUGCAAAUUACGAUAAAUUAAAAAAUAUGAUCCAAAAACACAAAUAAAUAAAUAAAUCGUCACGAAUGUU